AUGGUUGCUCAAGAAUUGCUUAACGCGGAUUCUUCCAUUACAUACGAUGCUAUUAUCAUCGGUGCUGGUGUCAUCGGCCCAGCAGUUGCUACUGGUUUAGCAAGAAAGGGGAAGAAUGUGUUGAUCAUUGAGAAGGAUUGGGCUACGCCGGACAGAAUUGUCGGUGAGCUGAUGCAACCAGGUGGUGUUAGAGCCUUAAGAAGUUUAGGUAUGGUGCAGUCAAUCAACAAUAUCGAUGCUUACCCUGUCACUGGUUACACCGUUAUGUACGAUGGUGAACAAGUGGACAUUCCAUAUCCAUACAAGGCAGACCUCGCACCCGUCGAGAAGUUGAAGGAUAUUGUCAAGGAAGGUAAUGACAAAGUGUUGGAAGAUAGCACAAUUCAUAUCAAGGAUUUCGAAGACAGCGAGAGAGAAAGGGGUGUAGCGUUUGUUCACGGUAAGUUCUUGAACAAUUUGAGAGAUAUUUGCGCCAAGGAGCCAAAUGUCACUCGCGUGCAAGGUACUUGUGUUGAAGUUUUGAAGUCAAAGAACAACGAGGUUAUCGGUACCAAAGUUGAUAUUGAUGGUCAUGGUAAAGUUGACUUCCAUGGUCAUUUGACGUUUGUAUGCGAUGGUAUUUUUUCUCGUUUCAGAAGAGAAUUGAAUCCAAAACAUGUUCCAACUGUUGGCUCAUCAUUCGUAGGUAUGUCGCUAUGGGAUGCAAAGAAUCCUGCACCAAUGCACGGUCACGUCAUUGUUGGACCAAAUCAUAUGCCUAUUUUAGUUUAUCAAAUUAGCCCGGAAGAGACAAGAAUUCUGUGUGCUUACAACUCACCAAAAUUGCCAGCUGAUAUUAAAUCUUGGAUGAUCAAAGAUGUCCAGCCUUUCAUUCCAAAGAGCUUACGUCCUUCUUUCGACAAUGCUCUGUCAGAAGGUAAAUUCAGAUCCAUGCCAAAUUCUUACUUACCUUCAAGACAGAACGAUGUGAUCGGAUUAUGCGUCAUUGGUGACGCUUUGAAUAUGAGACAUCCAUUGACUGGUGGUGGUAUGACUGUCGGUUUGAACGAUGUUGUCGUCUUAUUGCAAAAGAUUGGAGAUUUAGACUUCAGUGACCGUGCCACAGUUCUUGACGAAUUGCUUGACUUACAUUACGACAAGAAGAAUUAUGAUUCUGUUAUCAACGUCCUAUCUGUUGCUUUGUACUCACUGUUUGCUGCAGACAAUAAGAAUUUGAAAGCAUUGCAAAAGGGUUGUUUCAAAUAUUUCCAAAAGGGUGGUGAUUGCGUUGAUGUACCAGUCAAGUUCUUGUCUGGUGUUUUACCACAACCACUUUUACUAACUCGUGUAUUUUUCGCUACCGCAUUGUACGCAGUUUACUUGAAUAUCGAGGAGCGUGGUUUCUUAGGAUUGCCAAUGGCUCUAUUGGAAGGUAUCAUGAUCUUAAUCACAGCCACAAAAGUCUUCGCACCAUUUUUGUACCGUGAAUUAUGUUCUUAG